CCAAGUGCCAUGUUCUGCAUGCAGGGCUAAAAUAAAAGCAGCUGUCUCAAUCCACUCGCUUGAGAGAAGGGAGAGGUGCGUGUUUCAGUGGAGCUGGUCUCCACUAGACUCUGUAUUCAGGGGACUGGGAACUUUGUCUCGCAAAGAAAACCAAGCAAAAACAAGCCUGUGUGGAGAGGACUAUAAAGAUUUUUUCCAGUGACAAAGAGGCUGCGGUUCUCUCACAGAGUUCUGAACAUUAGGAAAGGUUCGGUAGGUGGUAAGAAAUCAGCCAGUGGACAGCCAGGAGGGACUAGCCAGGGCAACAAGGCGCCCCAGGAGCCCCAGGAGGUGGUCUCACUGAAGGAGAGGAUGGCUUUGUAUCAAGCAGCUGUGUCCAAAGUAGAGAUCAGCAAUUCCUCUGCAAAUGCUCUUGAAGAAACAGAGGCUUGUAGGAUACCUGGAGGUUUGGCAAGCGUGAAGAACCAAUUUGAAAAAGGAGAAACUGCCUCAUCGCAGAGUUCUCAGUACCAAUACCAGCAGAAAUCUGUACAGAAGGUGACGAGUCGAAGCCAAGCCACAAUGUCAAGCAGCAGCAGCAGCACAGAAACCAGAGUGAACGAGGUGGCAUCAAAGGCAACUCAGCGGGAAGCCUUUCAAUCAGAAAAGGUCUCCCAUCGUGAACAAGGUUUGUCUGGGGCUAAGAGAGCUUCUAACGUCACUCAAGGCAUUGAGGAAACAGUGGUCAAUGCAGCUACAGAUGAGGAGAUCUCAAAGAUUUCUAUGCAAUCCUUAAAGCAGCAGUUUGAAAAAACAGCCCAGUUCCAUUCUGGCCGAGAGAGUGGAACGCCUGCAAAACAGAUCAAGAUUGAAAAUGAGUAUCAAGAAACGGCCUGGCCUUCUGCAGCCUUUUCCUCUUCUGCUGAAGUGGCUUCUACAAAUAGACAGCAAGGAAUAUAUAUGGCGAGGGGAACCGAGUACACAUCUGCUGCCUCGACUGCAGCUUAUAGCUGCUCUUCCAAGUAUGCAAGUACAGAGGAGUUCCCUCCUCCACCUUCUCCAGACUUACUACAGGCUCCACCUGAAAUGACAGAGUUUUCCCAGUCCCCUGAAUCCUCUCCCUCUCCAUCGAAGCAGCCCCUUCCCAAAGAUCUGUAUUCCAAGCAAAGAAACCUUUACGAAUUAAAGCGUUUGUACAAACACAUCCACCCAGAAUUGAGAAAGAAUUUGGAAAAAGAUUACUUCAACGAUAUUUCUGAUAUCGUGUCUAGUGACACUGAAACAAGCAGCUCAGCUGCAAGAGAUGUACGGCAGACGAGGUACGUCUUUGAAAACACAGAGAGCAGCCCUCAGAAGUGCAUGAGCCCAGAAAGGGAAUAUCUGGAGUGGGAUGAAAUCCUCAAGGGAGAGGUCCAAUCUAUGAGGUGGAUCUUUGAGAAUCAGCCUCUGGAUUCCAUCAAAGAUGAAUCUCCUGAGCCGGACAAUGUUAAAAGCAUUGCCAGCCAAGAAAUCAUUGCAGGUGGGGAUGUUAAGUAUACCACCUGGAUGUUUGAAAACCAGCCCAUUGAUGCACUGGGUGGACAUUCUUCAGACAACACAGAAAGCGCAGACAGAAUUCCUGAAUUGGCUCGAGGCGAUGUCCGCACAGCCGCGUGGAUGUUUGAAACUCAGCCACUGGACUCGAUGAAUCAAAUUCACCAUGAGAAAGAGCAGGAAUCCAAUGAAACCUCUGAUGAGGAGAUCACUGGUGGAGAUGUGAAAACGGUGAGGUAUAUGUUUGAAACACAACAUCUGGAUAGCAUUGGACAACUUUAUUCAGUGGAUGAAGCUAAGCUGCUGCAGCUCCGAUCUGAAUUACAGGAGAUUAAAGGCGGUGUGAAGAGAAGUAUAAGGCAUUUUGAAACGCUACCAAUGUAUGUUAUUAGAAACAAUUUGGGCCAAAUGCUAGAGAUUAAAACUGUCCACAGAGAAGACCUUGAGAGAGGAGAUGUCAGGACAGUGCGCUGGAUGUUUGAAACGCAGCCUUUGGACACAAUCAACAAAGAUUCCUUGGAAAUCAAAGUUGUCCGUGGAAUCUCCAUGGAGGAGGGUGUCAAAGGUGAAGUAGGCAGGGCAAAAUGGCUCUUUGAAACCCAGCCUUUAGAUGCCAUUAAGGAGGAGACUGAAGAAACUGUGGUGGAAAAAGAAGUCAUCCUAGGCACUGAUGUCUGCAGAAAAUGCUGGCUUUUUGAGACUCAGCCUCUUGACACUCUAAAAGAAAGUGAAGAUGAAAAUCCUCUACCCACAGAAGAAAUAAUAGGAGGUGAUGUAAAUACCACAAAACACUUGUUUGAAACACUACCAAUGGAUAUGCUGAAAGAUAGCCCAGAUGUUGGGAAGCUUCAGAAAAUGGCUGCCACUGAGGAAGAAAAAGGGGAUGUGAGGCACCAGAAAUGGAUUUUCGAGACUAAGCCCCUUGAACAGAUUAGAGAGGAAAGGAAAGAAGUCAUAAGAACUGUGAGACUGGAGGAAAUUGACAAGGGGGAUGUGAGCAGCUGCAAACAUGCAUUUGAAAUGUGCCGUUUAAGAAAACAUGAUGACUCAUGUAAAAUCCAUGUGGAAGGUGUAACAAGAGGUGCUGUAAAAUUAAACAAAGGUCUUUUUGAAACAACUCCAUUAUAUGCCAUCCAAGAUAGACAUGGAAAAUAUCAUGAGGUUAAAACAAUUCGACAAGAGGAGGUCGUGAAAGGGGAUGUCAGGAAUUGCAGGUGGCUGUUUGAGACAAGGCCCAUUGACCAGUUUGACGAGAGUAUUGAAAAAAUUGAGGUCAUCAAAGGGAUCUCCUCACAAGAAGUACAGUCAGGUGAUGUCAAAACAGCCAAGUGGCUAUUUGAAACUCAGCCCCUUGACUCCAUCAAAUACUUUAGCAAUGUGGAAGAUGAAGAAAGCACAGAACAGACUGAGACAACAGAAAUUGUGAAGGGGAACGUUAAAACAUGCAGGUGGUUAUUUGAAACCCAGCCAAUGGAAUCUCUAUACGACAAAGAGAAGGUCAUGACAGACAGUGAAGAAAUCCACAGAGGAGAUGUCAAGACCUGUACCUGGCUCUUUGAAACUCAGCCUCUUGAUGCAAUAAGGGAAGAAACAGAAACAGCCAUAAAACUUCACACUGUGGAGCAGGAGGACAUUCAGGGAAGUGAUGUCCGCACAGCUUGUUUCCUUUUUGAGACUGAAAACCUAGAAAAUAUCCAAGGAGAAGAAGAGAAAGAACUCAAGCGGGUGGUGGAAAUUGACAUCCAGCCUGGAGAUGUCUCCACCAUGCGGUAUAAAUUUGAGAAUCAAUCGUUAGACUCAAUAAAUGUCAGCUCAGAGGAAGUUGUGAACAAAAUUAAAACCAUCCAAAGUGAAGAUAUACAGAAAGGGGAUGUUUUGCGCUGCUGUUGGCUUUUUGAGAACCAGUCAAUUGAUGAAAUAACAGACCACCAGGGAGACAGGACCUCAGUUAAAACUGUUACAGACAUACAAGGUGGAAAUGUGAGGAAAGGAUGCUUCGUCUUUGAGACUUUUUCUUUGGACCAGAUUAAAGAUGAAUCUUCUGUAGAUGUCAGCACCAAGAAAACCAUAAGUGAAGAAGAAAUAGCCAAAGGCGAUGUGAAAAGCUACAGAAUGCUCUUUGAGACCCAGCCACUUUAUGCAAUUCAAGACAAAGAAGGGUAUUAUCAUGAGGUGACUACCGUGAAGAAGGAAGAAGUAAUUCAUGGGGAUGUACGUGGAACACGGUGGCUGUUUGAAACCAAGCCUUUAGGAUCAAUAAACAAAUCAGAUAAUGUGUAUGUUAUAAAAUCUGUCACCCAGGAAGAUAUUCAGAAAGGAGACGUUAGUUCAGUCAGAUACCGAUUUGAAACACAGCCGCUGGACACCAUUUCAGAUGAGGAAAAAUUCAUUGUACCCACAGUUGACAGUGUGCAGGGUGGCAACGUGAAAGCCAACAAGAAAUUAUUUGAGUCUGAAGAAAGCCAAGGAGGCAUGUAUGUAAGAACAGUGAGUGUCAGCGAAAUACAGCAAGGCAAUGUCAAAACGUCUACUUGGUUAUUUGAAACACACACCAUGGAUGAGAUUAGAGGAGAGGGGUCAGAGUAUAAAGAUGUCAAGACAGUAACAAAGGAGGAUGUGCAAGAAGGUGAUGUUCAGCAGGCAGUGUGGCUUUUUGAAAACCAGCCUCUGGACUCCAUUAAGGAAACUGAUGAAAACGGUACAAAAAUAGAUAAAGAAGAAAUUCCUCAGGCAGAUGUAAAGACUACGACGUGGCUGUUUGAAACAACUCCCUUCCAUGAAUUCAAUGAAAGCAGAGUUGAAAAGGAAGAAAUCAUAGGGAAGAGUGUGGAAGAAACUUUAAAGGAACUUUAUUCUCACAAAGUCGUAGAAUCCCAUGGGAUCAUCUUGGAAGCAGAUGAAAUUGGUGAUGUCCGAAUGACAAAAUAUCAACUCAUGAAUCAGGAGGCUCCUGAAAUACAAAAAGAAGAGAUCAUUAGAGGAGAUUUAGCCAACAUCAUGUUGAACCUGCUGUCCAAACCAGGCCCUGUUGAAAGGGAAACGAAAGUCAAUGAAGAUGAAAAGGGAAAUGUGAAUUUAGCAAAAGAGCAAUUGCUGAAUAGAUCAACAGAUGUUCAUAUUGAAAAGGAAGAGGUAGUGAGAGGUGAUAUACAGCAAGCCAUAAAAAACCUGUUUAGUAAGGACAGCUCUGUAAAACGUGGAAUUUUAAUUCAGGAAAACGAGAGAGGUGAUAUUAACAUGACAGUCUAUUCUCUCUUUCACAAAAAGGAUAGUGAUAAAAUCGAGCAAGAAGAAGUGAUAUGUGGCGAUGUGAAGCGUACAAUUCAUAGCCUUCUCUCUUCUGCAGUGAAUUAUGAAAUAUCAGGAAGACCUAAAAUAGAUGAUUCAGAAAGGGGAAAUGUUCAGUUUUUCACAACAUGCAUAGAAGCUGGGGCACUAGAUUAUUUGAAACUACUCCAGACAGGGGAAAAUGAAACAUUUGCAAGACGUAAUCAAGAAGAGGAGGAGGAGGAGGAAAUAAUUGGUGGUGAUGUUGAAGCUACAAAACUGUUGCUUAAGAAAAAGAAGUCUCAAAUUCAGCGGACAGUUGAGGAAACUGAUAUAAUUCCUGGAGAUGUGUGCAAUGCAGUUAAAAUCUUUACAACAGAGCCACAAAAUACAUCUUGUCAUAUAUGCAAAGAAGAAAUUAUAAGGGGUGAUUUGAAGGCAGCUUUAAAUUCCCUCAGCCAGGCCAUAAAUCAAACAACUGUUACAGAGAAGGAAGAAAUUAUAAAAGCUGACAUCCUUGCAAUUCUGAAGUCCCUUAAAGAAUCAGCUUCUCAGCUGAAGGAAACAGAAAAGCCUGAUGUCAUCCCUGGAGAUAUUAAGCAAGCGAUUGAAUCUCUGGAGAAAGCAAGACACACAAAAAGCCAGGUAUUGAGAGAAGAGGUUGUUCGAGGUGACCUUGAGUCCACACUGAGGUCUUUAAAAGCAGCACAGCAGUCUUUCAAGAGCGUCAGCAAAGAAGAAAUGCUCAGGAGGGAUGUUCAGAUGGAGGUAGCGAGCUCUCUUGAAACUUCCACAGAAACUAAAACAAAGCUACACCAAGCAGGUACAGGCCGAGAGAUGAAGAGGCUCACCAAGCAACUGCCUGAGCCAUCUCAGCCAUUAGUCAAGAAGCAAGUUAAUGUAACUGAAAGUUCACAAAAUAAUAUUGAAGAAUGUCACCGGGAACUUCAUGAAGGAAUGAAGACUGGGGAGGAGAGCGUUCUCACCGGAGGCACCAGAGCAAUCCAUUCUGUUCAGAAAUGGAGCAGCAAGGCACAUGAGUCAGAUAAGAAAAAUGUGAAGUGCUUAUCUAAUUCCCAGCACAAGGUCACCGAGAAAGUGGAUAAGUCCAUGGAUAAGGUCAGAGUCCAGAACAUUGUGAAAGGGGAAGCAAAAAGUCAUACAGAUCAAUAUGUGAUUGAUCAACCUGCUCUUCCUAGCAGUAUUCAGAAAAACGAAAGAACAGAGAAGUCAGAGGGAGGUGGAAUCCUGAAGAAAGGCUGUUCACCCGGCAUUGUACCGUCUGCAAAACAAGUAAUGACUGGAAAGAAGCAGAAUGUGUUCCAGGAACGUAAAGAUGAAGAAUAUUUUGACAUAAGCGUUCAGGAGGAGAGGAAAGAAAAAUCAAAAUUGUCAGCCCGUGAUCACAGCUCUCAUCGCAGGGGUGCGGAGCAGCUGGUCAGCAUGUCAACUGGCAUGAUUUCCAAAGCAACCGGUCAUGUUGAAGUGCAAGGGGCACAGCAAGAUAGAAAACAAUCUCAGUAUUCAAAGGCAGUUUGCCAAGAGAAGAAAAAGAAUGUUAAGGCGACCCAAGCAGAGGUUUCCAUGGCAUCAGAACAGAAUAUUAAAACCAAUAAAAAAGUCAGAGUCACCCAGGAAAUGCACAGCCAAUUUAAAGAAGCCGAGAGGAAGCAAGACAUUAUUCAGCAAAAUGAAAAAUCCACACUGAAGUUUCAAGGGAAGUCUAAAGGGGAAGCUGCAUCAUCGGACUUCAGAGGUGUGCUGAAAAACCCACGGAAUCCAACCAAAAAACCCCAAAACCCAGACAGGUCAGAAAUCGAUUCUCCGCCUCCCCCGCCGCCUCCCCCUUCGCCCCCAAUAUCAGUGACUUCAUCCGAAGCAGAUCUUCCUCUGCCUCCUCCUCCUCCUCUGACUCAUUUCAUGAUGGCUUCUGACAGACAAAGCUUUCCUUCCCCUCCGCCCCCCAUAGGACAGGCUAAAGCCGAAUAUGAACAUUUUCCUCCUCCACCUCCGCUCCCUAUCGAAGAUGAGCAUGAAUUGGUGGCUUUGGCUUCAUCUCCUGUUCCUCAGCCCUUUGCUGUUCAUCAGGCAAAGCAAAGGAAAGAACAUUUCCUCAAGCGUCUAGACAACACUUUGCAGCAGUCGACUCAGCUUCAUGCCAGUGUUAAGCCUGGCAAGGCCCCUCACACCAAGAAACAUCCUCCAACAGAACUUACGAAAGAGCCAGAAGCUCCCCAGCCUAAAGCAUCUCACAAAGUUCCCCCAAGCAUUGUCCAGAUGCACCAAGAAAACAAUACCACAAAAAUAAUGGAAGAAAACAUGGAAAGCACAACAACGAGGAAUGUCGUUAGCUGUGAAAAGAGAGAGGAAAGGGUUUGUGCAAGGGCUGAAGAGGUUAGAAGGCCAGCAUCAGUUAUGGAAGUGAUCAAGCUGGAGCCCUCGCCAUUAAAGAAAACAAAUGCAUUUCCGCUUGUCAAAUCUCCUUCCCUGCCAGCAGAUGUGACACAAGCAAGUCCUAAGCCUUAUGUGCGAAAAUUCAAAACCCCUUUAAUGAUUGCAGAAGAAAAAUAUAGGCAGCAAAGGGAACAGAUGGAGCAGAAGCAAACCCAAGAUGUUUGCAAAGUGGUUAUGAGAAGAAACAGUGAAACUUCGGGAAGUUCAGUUCAGACAGAGCCAGAACACUGUCUGCCAGUACUAAAACCAGACAAACAGGAUCAAACCCCUCUGCCAGGUCUUUUGCCCUCAGCUCCAGAUCAGCCCACUCAGCCUGAAUGUCAGGGAAAGGCACAAGUCGUGGUGUCACAAAGCAAUAAACUGCAGUCUAUGUCAAUGGUAUCAGCUGCUGAACAGUCUCAAACCGUUGUUAAGAUCUCAGCAGAGCAACACACUCAAAAAACAUCAACUCAUGAGUCAGAAAACCUAACAAAGCACUAUGUGUCUUCUCAGAAGGUACAGACCCAUGAAGAACGUCCUAUGCAUGCAGGAGAGCAACACAAAAAUGUGGAGCAUUUGCACAUGCCCAGAAGUAAACUGGUCUCCCCUACUUUCAGUGUAAGAACCGUCAAGCUUCCCACCUUAGAGCAAAGUUCAUAUGAAACCCACAAGGAGUCUGAGAUGCAUAAAAAGCAAGAGGGAACUAGCCUCCAGAAUGCUGUGAAGCAAGAAGUUCAAGAGAAGCAGAAAGACAAUGUAAGCACUUCUAUAAGAAAAAAGCAAAGCACCGCAAAGACAAAUAACCAGGUGAGCGUUGAUGAGAAGAUGCAUGUGGGGAAAGGACUCCUGAAAUAUACAGAAGGCAAGCAGGAUGUAAGAGAGAAAGAUUCAAGUGAAGCGAAGCAAAUAUUAGUUCAAAGGAACGAAACAGGGAAAGAAGAAAUGAAGCAAGAAAGAGUCUCCUUGGCUGUGGAAAGAAAGCAGAAGCAAGUCAUUGCUUGCCCUAAGGAAGAGAAAGUAAUAAUCCAAAGAAAACAAGAGGAGGUUAGCAAUAAAUCAGAGAAAAUGGUCAAGCAAAAGAUAAUUGAUAUGCAUCAGGAGUCACAGACGUCUAUCUCACAGCAAGCGAAAACAUUUGUUUCAGAAACAAAUGCCCAAAAUAAGAAACUGUCCCAGAAAACUAGCAGCCUGCAAGGAAAGGAAUAUGCCCAGGAAAAGUCCACACAGCAGAAAAAAGGCCUUUUAAAGGCAACAGAGAUGAAACAAGAGCUGGCACAGAAAAAGGCAUUAUCAUCCAUUUCACCAGGAGGAUCACUGCAGAGUAAUGAGAAAAGCCCAGUAGAUAUAUUAGAGUUUUUGAGGAAACGUGAGGAGGUACAGCAGGUGUUGUCCAGAGUGAAGGAGUUUGAAACUGAGCCAAAUAAAAAUGGGUUCAAAACAUUACAGACAUUCUUAAACGUCAUUCCAGAAUGGUUGGUAGAACAAGACAGGAAGCAAAACUUAGCUUACUUCACACAAGAGAAUGAUGUUGAGAAGACGAAAGAAGAGUUAUCGCUGAUCAAAGAUCAAGCCACCAAAAUGCUUGAGUCCUUUGAGGAGGCCAUCCAGACAGCCAUGAAUUCCACGAAACCCCAAAAACCGAGGAAAGAGAUCCCUAAAGUUGGAGGAUCAUUGCAGAAGACAGCUAAAGUAAGCAUUGGUUCAAGCAGGAAAGAAUCACAGGAGACUAAAGAGAUGAUCAAAGACACAAGGGCACAUCGGGAGAUGAAACAGCAAGUUAGUGAACACAGGUUUUCGGAAACCAGAACUUCUUCACCCUCAACCCUAAGAAUGAGAGCACCUUCACCUACUUACAUUACAAUUGAAUCUAGAUGCAUUGAAUCUCCUCUCAGGGAGGUCUUGUCUCCUGUUCAAAGGGAAAGUACCCCAGUUCCACCAUCACCACCUCCCAGGUCUACUACACCAACAUCUAAGGUGCAGCGGCCAGUUGGCUGCCACUCCCCCUCUCCUCCAAGAAGCCGUUCUGAGCAGCUGGCCAAGCUUAAAGACACCACAGUAAAACUCGCUCAAGGAGCAACGCAAAACCGAUCAGUAACCCCAGUUCCUAUUGUGGAAAAAAGGUCAGAGAUAGUGAAAUCUCCUGCAACACUCCGCCGACAAAUCAAGAUUGAGGCACGGCAAUCUGAUGUUUUAACUUCAAAAAUGUCGUCCAUAAAUGAAUCCCAAAUAACUGCUGGUACAGUGAAAAAAGCUCACGAAGAAUCCAAAACAAACCAGACUCACAUCUCCAAAAAGGGAGGAAACAUUCCAGAAGGCUUAGAGCCACAUGGACAAAAUAUGGACUCUGUCUGCAGGACUCAAAAUAUUGAGGUUUCCAAGGCUGGUCCCCAAGGUCUUGCACAGAAGGCCGAAGUCCCUGAAUUGAUUAUUCCCAUAAGGAAGGAACCGUGUGCAUCUGAAAAACUGGGCAAGGAGAGUGAGGAUAAAAUACAUGUAGUGUUAGGAACACUUCAUGAUAAGCCGGUGGCUGAGUUGAAAACAAAGAAAAAGUAUGUUGAGAAUGGUGUAAUCAGUGGUAAAAUAAAAGAAGAAAGGCACAGGGUUAGGAAGGAGGAAUUGAGCCAAACUUCCGAAGAGAGUGAGAAGAGAUUAGAUAGCUUCCAAAAGUUUCCAGGCAAGUGGCAAAGAGAACCCAAGGAAAAUGCACAUUGGAAGCAAAAGCAAUGUGCCAUUAAAGAGCAUCCGUUGGAACCCACGGUGUGCUUUGAUGCAAAGUUCCACACCGAAUGCUCCUCCGGCAUGGAUACAUUUGAGAACACCGUCGUGGAAUCGAGAACUGCCACCUCCACAUCACGAAGUGCAGAUGGGAUGCAGUCAGGAUUUGGCUUCAAGCGUGCACCGCCAACCUAUGAAGACGUCAUCUCAGGGCACAUCUUGGGUAUUUCUGCUGCUGAUUCACCAGAAGAGCUGCUAAGGAAUUUUCAGAAGACUUGGCAAGAAAGCGAGAGAGUCUUCAAAAGCCUUGGCUACACUGUGUCUGAUGCUGCCGAAGCAGAAGUGAGAAGUAGCUUCCAUGAGGAGGCAGAGUUUAUCAGUGAAAGUGCAACUUCAGGGAAAGGAAACGUGCCUACUUUGUCAAAAGAGAGUCUAUCCAAUGGAAUGCCUGGUUGCCGACAAGCAAACCUUUCAUAAAUCAUGUUUCCGGUGUCACCACUGUGGCAGUAAAUUAAGCUUGGGAAAUUACGCUUCUCUCCAUGGAAAAAUAUACUGUAAACCCCAUUUCAAGCAACUUUUCAAAUCCAAAGGAAAUUAUGAUGAAGGUUUUGGACACAAGCAACAUAAAGAAUUAUGGAUUCCCAAAGAUCAAAA